GGCACUCAGGCAUUACGCUGUCUUGGCAAGCUAAUUUAGUUGCCAAUAGCGCGAACAUAGUGGCAGACUCAACUUAACUUUGUGGAGAGAGUAAAGGGGCUGGUCAUUCCAUUUGCUCUCACUCAUUCGCGCCUGUGGGCGACAUUUUUUCCGUUUCACAGCGAUUGCGUGUUUGACUCUACUCGAGACACGAUCCCGUGGAUUGCUUCAUUGCCAACACAGCCGUGAGACACGUUGCUCCGCGCCUGUCUCGGACAAGCCUCUUGACAAGGUUGAUCGCGUCACCACCGGCUCGCGCUCGGCGAACGCGCCCUUGUGUUGAUGGAAUGCAACCUUCCACUUUACCCCGGACGGCCGGGCUGAUCGGCUUCAGCAUUCUCGCCAAUCUCAUAUUCGCCUACUGGUAUUUCUUUUCUUCGACCUCUGAUUCGCAGCCAACUGUGAUUCCGCCGCCGGACUUCCCGUUGUUUCCUUCUCACGCCUACACCAAGGUGGUGCACCCAGAAGACACGGACAUCUGGCCGUACCGGGUGUAUAAGAGCUCGCCCUUUACACCGCCGUACUUUACAGUCAAGAGAAAUGGCGGCGCCAUCGCUGAGGGGUAUCUGUUUAUGACGCCAAAGUCUCGGGGUCCGAAGGGUGCCCAGCAGAGUUUGCCUGUCAUUAUGACCAACGACAACGACCUUGUCUACUGCCUUGAUGGCAUUUACAACUACAACAAUUUCCGAAUCCAAUCGUACCACGGCAAGCCCUAUCUGACUGCCUGGGAAGGCUUCUCUGUCACGGGCCAUGGUUAUGGGCAAUGGUUCCUCAUGGAUGACGGGUAUAUCAAGAACACCAUUCCCUUCGGUGGUAGCUUCAACAUAGACCUGACGGAUAAAACACCCCCCGGCUUCAUGGACUUUCAUGAGCAGCAGGUCACGUCGGAAGGAACUGUCCUGGUCGCCGCCUACAACAUAACGCCAUUUGACCUGAGCAAAAAGGGCGGCAGUGGCGCCCAGUGGGUGGUGGACAGCUUACUCUAUGAGAUCGAUAUCGAGACAAAGGAGGUGGUCUUCCGCUGGAACGCCCUCGAUCAUAUUGACCCUUUCGCCUCCAGGAUGGCUCUACCCUCAGAGCGGGGCGAUGGCUCGGAGGAGCGACCGUAUGACUUUUUUCACCUCAACUCAAUGCAGCUGUUAACGCCGGAUACCAUUCUUAUCAGCAGCCGCCAUUUCUGGGCAUGCUACCUGAUCUCUCGAAAAACUGGCGAGGUUCUUUGGAUGCUGGACGGUACCGGCGAGAAUGGGGUGGGAAAUUUUGGUCCAUUGCCGCUGGAGGGCCAGUUUCGUUACCAACACCAUGCGCGAGGGUUCAAUGUGACCGACAAAGGCUUCCAGCUCAGUCUAUAUGAUAACCACCAUAGGGAAGGCGAAACGAAUACGAUGGAUAGUAGAGCCAUUCUACUGGAUGUGUCGAUGCCUCCCGACUCGAAAAUACCGCCCGUCGUUUUGCGCAGCAUGAACCCUCUUGAGAGGGUUAUUUCCUAUAGCCAGGGCGCCUAUGACGCCGAGCUGAGCAAUGGCAACCAGCUGGUGGUUAACGGUCAGAUCCCAGUAAUCCGGGAGUAUGGUCCGUCUAAUAACAGUGCUGAUAUUCGCUGGGAGGGCCGGUUUGGGAAUGACAAUCUGGUACAGAGCUACCGGGCCUUCAAGUCCACAUGGAAGGCAACGCCGAAGGAAUGGGGGCCGUCACUGGUGUAUGAGAAGGUCGGCUCAGAUUUGACGGCGUAUGUAAGUUGGAAUGGGGCUACGGAGGUCAAGUAUUGGAGACUGUAUGGUGUAGGCACUGGGGCAGAGUUGAAACCCCUCGGUCAGGCAGCUGCCAGUGGCUUCGAAACGGUCAUUAACAUCCCUAGCCACCUUAAUGAAACGCAAUGCAUUCUAGCAGCAGCCUUUCAAGAUGGGAGGGAAGUGAGGCUAUCCAAUAGGGCUUGUCAUGGGACUUAGCAUUAGUGAAUACAUCGAUACUAUUUUA